AGCCGUAAAGCCUCGUAAGGGCUUUUUACACAGUUUAUUAUAAAAAGAAGGUUCUUGCUUCUUCCUCUUCUUCGAGAUCACUCUCCUCUCUGUUUUGUGCAAGCACAGCAGCCAUGGUGCAAGUCAGGUUCUACCGCAACUACGGCAAGACCUUCAAGAAGCCGCGACGUCCUUACGAGAAGGAGCGUCUUGACGCCGAGCUGAAGCUUGUCGGAGAAUACGGUCUUCGUUGUAAGAGAGAGCUGUGGAGGGUUCAGUACACGCUUAGCCGUAUCCGUAACGCUGCCAGAGAGCUUCUCACUCUCGACGAGAAGAACCCUCGUCGGAUCUUUCAAGGUGAAGCUCUUCUUAGGAGGAUGAACAAGAAUGGGCUUCUUGAUGAAUCCCAGAACAAGCUCGACUACGUUCUUGCUUUGACUGUUGAGAAUUUCCUCGAGCGCCGUCUCCAGACUAUUGUCUUCAAGUCCGGUAUGGCCAAGUCCAUUCACCACGCCCGUGUCCUUAUCCGACAAAGGCACAUCAGGGUUGGGAGGCAACUUGUGAACAUUCCAUCGUUCAUGGUUAAAGUAGAGUCACAGAAACACAUUGACUUUUCUCUGACCAGUCCAUUUGGUGGUGGUCGACCUGGAAGAGUGAAGAGAAGGAACGAGAGAGCUGGUGCUAAGAAAGCUGGUGGUGGUGGUGGAGAUGAGGAUGAUGAAGAGUAAAAGUACCAAACCCCUUUAAAACCCCUUUGUUGGAUAAAUAAUGUUUUUUUUUUGUUUAAUAGUUUUCUUGAACUACAAGAAGUCAAGUGUGUUGGUUUGUAAUGGUUUUAGCCUUUAUGUGUGUUUUGCAAUAAUGUGGUAGUGUACCUUUGUGUUGUUGAACAAUGAUGCCACUUUCGGAUCUUGCUU